CAGCAGGGAUGAUGCUGCUUUGGAUCCAUAUUACCUUACUAGCAGGUUGCAAGCUAACUGAAUACGGGCGGUACAGUGCUGCUUCACGGGGAUGUCCCACCCUUUUUAAUACAAGCUGAGGACUCCGUGGCUUUUAUCGGCUCUACACAAGCAGGACUAACUCCCAAACUUUGGCGACAUGACGACGAGGUCAGAGAGAGAAAAAGCCCAGAAACUGAAUGAGCAGCAUCAGGCCAUUCUGUCUAAACUGCUGAGAGAAGAAGACAACAAGUACUGUGCUGACUGUGAGGCAAAAGGACCGCGAUGGGCAUCAUGGAACCUCGGGGUGUUCAUGUGUAUCCGCUGUGCUGGCAUCCACCGCAACCUGGGCGUCCACAUCUCCAGAGUCAAAUCUGUCAAUCUGGACCAGUGGACACCUGAGCAGAUCCAGAGCAUGGUGGACAUGGGAAACACCAGGGCCAGACAGCUGUAUGAAGCCCACUUACCAGAGAACUUCAGACGGCCACAAACAGACCAAGCAGUGGAGGUCUUCAUCCGGGAUAAGUACGAGAGAAAAAAAUACUUCAACAAGGAAGCCCUGGUCACGAAUCCACAGAAGUCAUCUGAAGCUGCUCAUCCCUCCACCUCACCUACUUUCCAGGCUGACAGGAGCAGACAGGAGCAGUCACAGUGCAGAGCCAGUCCGAAGAAAAACGGAGAGCCAGCUGUGGACUUGCUGGGCUUGGAUGCUCCAGAGGGUGGUGGGAAGAGCUUGGGUGGUGCUGCACCAAUCAGCGAUGAACUGGACAUCUUUGGACCAAUGGUCUCCAACCCUCUCCCCUCAGCCAACAACACACAGCAGGCUCAGUCUAGUUCCAGUACAUCACCUCCGCAGGUGGACCCCUCCACCUCCUCCUCUGCCUCCUCCUCGACCUCCACCACUACCACCACGAAGGCGGAGGAGAAGAAGCUUUUAUCUAAAGACUCCAUUCUGUCUCUCUAUGCCAGCAGCUCAGUGGGCAGUCAGCCGCAGAGCCAGCAACAGCCUGCUCCAGGACAAGCAGGUAUGUACAUGGGCCAGCCUCAAAUGCAGUUCACCCCUGGAAUGGGCGGAGCCGUCCCACCCACCACCUUGAUGGGUGGAGGGGCCAUGAUGUCCGGGAUGGCUCUGCCCAAUGGGGGCUACAUGGGCAUACAGCAGCAGGGCAUGAUGGCAGCCAACCAAGGACAGAACAUGUACAAUAUGCAGCAGGGACAGCAGCAAGGACAGUGGAAUAUGAACCAGGUGACCCAGCAGAUGUCAGGUAUGGCUAUGAGCGGUGGAGGGCAGACAUCAGGCACUUUCGGCCAGUCAGGCGCCCCUGCAGCCGGUUGGCCCACGGCUCCACCGACAGCUUCUGGCCAGACCCUCAGCACUCAGCUGUGGAAAUCAUUGUCGGGGAACAGCAGAGAUAAGUGAACUAACAUUUCACUUCCAACUACAGGUACAAGAGAAGCACAGUUAGUCAUGAGCAAAUAAACCUGGACGACCAAUCAGAGGGCUAGACUGGCAGGACGAGGACAAUGAGGAGGAACCGGACUGGACAGUGCUGCAGAAAAAGGGACCUGUAUGAAAACUCUGGAUGGGUCCCAUCUUCACUGUCCAGUCCUUGUUUAUUGGGAGUAAGAACACAGGAGCAAGAGAAGAAAUAAAGAAAACAAACAUAUGCACACAAAGCUACGAUCACACUGCCGAGCGCCAAUGCAGAGAUUCAUGUCUGUAUAAAAAGGGUCCCUCUGCCAUGCAAUAACUGUAGCACUCUGUUACACACAUGGUUAGUGUGAACAACACACAGACAUACUCAUAAAUCAAUUCCUCCAGGUUUAUUUCCAAUAUGUUUACAUUUUCUGGUGCCUAAUACAGAAAAAAAAAAGUGGCUUCCUUGCAUUAAAAAAAAUAAACAACAAGAAUUUUUUUCUGUGUUCAUCUUUGUCCAAUGACUCUUUUAACUGUAAAAGUACCGUUUUAUCUUCUCGGAAUUUUGUUUGCUCCUUUUUUGCUCUUCCAGGUUUUAUAGGAGGGUCAUUUGGAAUAAAGGCUGUUGAAUCCUGGA